AUGCCGUCAUCUCCAGAAGCUCCCCAGCAGAGCAGCUUAUUUACCUACCAUCUCUACCCAGAAAAUGAGCACAGCAUCUUGAUCUCACCACACCAACUUCCCAUCAGACUGAGGAAACGACGGAAGUUCCUCAAGGAAAAUCCCGAAGUUGCGACAGAUCCAAAUGGCUUCUUCGUCCACAAACCUUACAUCUCGUUCCACCGUCCUCCGCGAACCCUGCGACGAGGCAGUAGCAAGCAGGGAAGCCCAAUCUGUCUCAUCCACAACUCCGCGUUCUGGAAACGAUGGAACCUACAAUUCGGGGAGGACAUGAUCGCAGCGAUUGACCCAAGAGGCGCAGUGAGCUGGAACCGACGAAGCAACCCCGACAACCGCAUCGACGCCGGCGACGAUCUCGCGUUGAAGGGUUACAAGGUGCGCAAGUGGCGACUCUGGCGGGAAACGGGCAAGCAGUAUCAUCGAGACGUGAACGCCAGACGGAGGCAGAAGAGAAAGGAAACGAAGGCCAAGGCCAACAAAGAAGAUGCACAGCAGGAAGUCGGUUAUUCGAAUGGCGAUACCGAUCCAGAUGCCGGUCAUCUACCUGCGCGUGCCGACGAAGCGCUGGCGCUAUGUUGGAUCGAACCACUAUCCACGCGCACCAGGUGUUAUCAGUGGAAGUACGCUGGGGUUGAUCUCGCCUGGAAGGGCACGAGGAAUCUCCCGGCGGAGCUGAAGUGGUCGAAGCGCUGCUUGCCAUGGCAUCACCUUAAACUGACUGCUGAAGUGCCAUCUGCUUCUGGCCACUGCCAAGGCGAAGUGGUUCUUGCUCAUUAUUUCAGCAGCAUCGCGAAGAAAAAGUAUGGCGUCCUAGUUAUCUAUAAAGCAGAGGUAUCCAGUGUUUUCGGGCGCACGCCAAAUGCAGAUGUAGGAGACAAUUAUGAUUAUGACAGCUCCCUCAGCAAAACCCAUGAAGCCAUUGUGGCGACUGCAGUUUGCAUGGUUAUCGGGGAGAAACAGAAACGGAAUGUUGUAUAUGCGAUCUUCAAAGCAAUCAGAAAGGCCGGCGAGGACGGGGGAGGUUAG